CGUUUGGCAAAUUUGAAACAGGCAAGUCUGAACACAUCUAAUGUGCGGUCCCUGUGAUCAUACGUAAGGGAUAUUCCUUUGCGCGUUCCGGCAAUAAGGACACUUUCAUUGCGUAGUCUAUUGCACAUUUCUAUGAUUUGCCAACAAUAAAGACCAGUAGCCUACAAUCUAUUUUCUAUUUUUAAAAGAUGAUUUUGCAACCUUGACACCAAAGUCUACCUGUCAAGAGGAAUAAACUCAAGCUCUGCUGCCAAGUGCUGGUGCCCACGAUGAUUCGUAAAGAUGAAUUAGCAUCAGCAGCUGCUACUGGAAACGUGGAACUUGUGGAACUUUUACUUCAAGCUGAUGAGGUUGAUGUCAAUGCUGUAAAUAGCUUUGGACGAACACCUCUGCAGGUGAUGAUGAUGGGUAGCACUAAAGUGGCAAAGCUACUGCUGGAUCACGAAGCGAACCCCAAUGUGUUUGACAAUAGCACCGGCGCUACACCGCUCCACGACGCCGCAAGAGAAGGAUUUCUGGAAACGGUGAAGAUGCUAAUCCAAUUCGACGCCGACAUCAGUGUCAAAGACUAUAGAGGCCGCAGACCUAUAGAUCUGGCGCGAGAGACCGGACACCUAAAGGUGGCUUCUUUUCUUGAAAGUCUGUAAAUGGCGACAGACGUGGGUUUAAUUUAUUUUUGUUUGUAUUAAGGUUAUUGUAAUUUAUACAUAUGUAAUGUGCCAAGAUUAAAGUAUUAUUUUAUGUAAAACUAACUUUAUCUUUGCAUUUUAUGGAGGAGUUUCAAGCUUAAUUUUAAUCGAAUCAACGGUUCAACUGGUUCAUAGAACCACUGGCAGAAAAGUAAACAAUAUAAAUAAUUAAAAUGAUUAAUUAUUGUGUAUCUGUUGCAUUGUUAAGAUAUUAAAAUUGCCUGUAUUUAAGAAGCUAAAUGUAGAUCUGAUGUGCGUCAUUUAAAUUAAUGUAGAUUUUAUUGUGCUGGAGGCUAUAUGCAAGGCCAAAAAAUUAGACAAGAAAAUGAAGGUAUAGGCAAACUGGUAGGUGUGCCAUAAAAUGUGUGUAGCCUACUGGAAUGGAUAUUGUUUUAAAAUUGGAAUUGGAAAUGUUUUACAAAAAAUAUAAAUUACGUGGAGUGAAAUGUGUGCCAUAUUCAUGUCUGUGCCAGUCAUGAAUUGCUGACUGGAUGUAUUUGGGUGGCUUUGAAAUUCGAAGCAGUAAAUGUGAAGAGAAAACCA